AUGGAAACGAUUCUGGAAUCAGCAGCGUCAACCUUAUUAUGCUGGUCUCUUCUUUAUUCACCAAAACCAACCCAAAAGUCAGUCUCAAUAUGUUGUGUGAAGAUUAAAUUUCUUUUAACAUACAUCUGUGUAGAGAUCAUCGAACAUAAAAACAUACACAUUCUGAUAACCAUCACACAACAAGCCCAUUGCGUCAGUUUAAUAAUUGAAAAUUGUGUAUCGUCAUUUGUUAGUUUAAUGGAACAAGUUUGA